AUGCUUCAAGAUAAAAUAAUUGAACCAUCGUCCUCACCCUGGAGCUCACCCAUAUGGAUCGUGCCUAAAAAACUAAACUCACAAGGGGAACGAACUUGGAGAAUUGUAAUCGAUUAUAGAAACCUAAAUAACAUCACUGUUGGGGAGACAUAUCCUAUCCCACAGAUAUCCGAAAUACUAGAUCAACUAGGUAAUAGCAGAUACUUCAGUACCCUCGACCUUACUUCAGGCUUUCACCAAAUUCUAAUUGAUCCCUUAGAUGCACCAAAGACGGCUUUCUCAGUGCCGCAAGGUCAUUUCCAAUUUAACAGAAUGCCAUUUGGCCUUAAAAAUGCACCUACAACAUUCCAAAAGCUCAUGAACAAUUGUCUUUCUGGCCUACAAGGUAAUAGGUGUUUCGUUUAUCUCGAUGAUAUCGUUAUAUAUAGCUAUGAUCUUAAAUCACACAUCAAUAACCUCAGUAAAGUAUUUGAGAGAAUCAGGAACUAUAACUUAAAGUUGCAACCGGAAAAAUGCGAAUUUCUCCGGAAAGAAGUAGGGUAUCUAGGUCAUAUUAUCAAUGAAGAAGGAGUAAAACCGAACCCUGAUAAGAUUCAAGCCGUGGCAAAAUUCCCCACACCGAAGUCACCGAAGGAUAUAAAAUCCUUUCUAGGACUUGUCUCUUACUAUAGACGUUUUAUCCCCGAUUUCUCUAAGUUAGCCAAACCUCUGACAUCCCUUCUUAAAAAGGACACUGCCUUCAACUGGCAAAAUGAACAACAGUUAUCCUUUGAAACCCUAAAAUCCAAACUCAUAUCAGCUCCUAUCCUAGCGUAUCCUGACUUUUCACAACCAUUCCUGCUUACCUGCGACGCUUCAAAUUAUGCCAUUUCCGCCAUCCUAUCCCAAGGACAGAUCGGAAAAGACCGUCCUAUCGCGUUUGCAUCUAGAACCCUCAACAAAGCGGAAUGCAACUAUACCGUGACAGAAAAAGAGUGUCUCGCAGUAAUUUUUGGAACAAAAAUCUUUAGACCAUACAUCUACGGUCAUCAUUUUACUGUCAUAACAGACCAUAAGCCUUUAGAAUGGCUAUUUAGAUGUAAAGAUCCUGGUUCUAGGCUUGUACGCUGGAGACUUAUCCUAGAAGAAUUUGAGUACGAUAUUAAAUAUAAAAAGGGAAAGCUCAAUACAAAUGCCGAUGCAUUAUCCCGUUUUCCGGUAAAUCCCAUCCAGCCUGUAAACCUUCCUGAAUCAAAUCAAAUUAUUGAAGAUCGACAAAGUAUGAGGUUAGAUGAAAAUUUGAUGGACUUACUAAUACCACCACCUUCAUUUAAUCCAGAUGAAAUAACCAACUUAUCCCCAAAUCCUUUAUCCGCUGAGGAACACGCCUUUAGUCCGUUAACACUGAAUGACCUCGACGUCCAUGCUGGUUCCUCUCCUACAUUUCUUGAUCUUGAUGAUACUAAUGCUCGAAAGAAUAGUUCAUCAGAAAACAAAGCCCCUGGCAAACUUAAUGAUGAAAAUCCAUCCUCAUCCGUUCGACAACACCCCACGACGGACAGCUUAUUAAUAGGAAGUCCACCUUCUUGUAUCCCUAGGAAAAUCUCCACAAACACUAACUCUUCUACACCUUCUGAUGUAAAUACAGAAAACCCAGUUUCUCGAUCCCCAGUAGAACAACCUCGAGACUCAGACUCACCAAUAGAAAACGCUAUAAUGACUGACGACUACUCCGUUUUCCUCAAAUCUAUGUCAGAUCCUAAUAAACAUUAUAAUGUACAGAUAGAAGAGCAUAAUCAAAACCUAUUAAAAGGCCAAUCGAAAACACUCUUAAUACCUACCUCAAUCGAUCUCGACGAAUCCAACCCUUAUGUUCAAGAAAUCAUAGGUAAUUUGCCGACUGGCAGCAAUAUACCUAACAUCGAAAAAGAAUUACACUCCUUCUGUAAAAUUGACUCAAAUAAUAAAACUUUUUAUUUAAUUUUCAUUAAAGUUCACCAUUUUGAUGAAGCUUCAUAUCCCGAAAUAUUCGAGACCCUUAAACGCAUCCGCAAUGAAUUAUUAAUAAAUGAUAAUACAAAGGACAUAGGAAUAACAGAUUUCAAAAAUCCAUUUGAAAAACAUUCGUUUGUUAAAAUUUAUAAUAUGUUAAAUUAUCUAUUCCAUAAUACAGAGAUCAAAAUUAAUAUAUAUCAUAAUAAUGUAACCUACCCGUCUCCAACGGAGAUUAAGAAAAUCUUAUUCGACAAUCAUGAUAUCCCAAUUGCCGGACACCUCGGCUCAAAUCGUAUGUUCAACCGGAUUAAGGAGAGUUAUUAUUGGAAAGGUAUGCGUAGCGACAUUGAAACCUAUGUUAAACAAUGUAAACAGUGUCAAGAAAAUAAAGCGUUGAGGAAAAUUAAUAGAGCCCCGAUGCAGAUCACUAGUACGUCAACUGCACCAUGUCAACGCAUAUCCCUUGACAUCGUCGGUCCAUUGCCAGAAGCAGGUCCUGCAAAACUGAAGUACAUCCUAACCGUCCAAGAUGAUCUAACGAAAUUCUCCACUGCAUAUCCCAUCCGAAGUACAACCGCCGAAGAAACCAGCGAAUGCCUCCUUCACUUCAUUUCCAUUUUCGGUAUCCCAAAAAUUAUCCUAACUGACCAAGGCACAAAUUUUACUUCCGAAUUAUUCCAAAGAACUUGCAAUUUCCUUAAGAUCAAACAGUUAUGGUCAUCGCCCUACCAUCCCCAGACCCAGGGUGCACUUGAGAGGAGUCACUCUACCCUCAAGGAGUAUCUCAAGUCGUAUGUGAACGAAGGCCAAGAUAACUGGCCCCGCUAUGUUUACACCGCGAUGUUAGCAUAUAAUACGGCCGUACAUUCAACAACUCAUUUUACACCAUACGAGUUAAUGUUUGGAAAUAAACCUUUCAUACCAAAUUCAGUUUUCCAAGAACCGACCGGAACGACAUAUCCCGAAUACGUCCGGAUGCUCCAAAAUCGAUUAAAAUACUCUCGUCAAAAAGCAGUAGAACAUAUCCAGAAAUCCAAGGGCAUAUCUAAAACAUACUAUGACUCGCCAUGUCAGCUAAGAGUCAAAUCCAACAAGAAUUUGUACAACAAAUCAAUGCAAGCUCCGGACUAUAUUUGGACAGUUUGGGUCAAAUCAAAAUAUCCAGCGGCCAACUUAAUAUACUUAUACCAUUAG